AUGCACAAUAUCCGACAAAAUUGCCAGAAGGGUCCGUUGGAUGUGGCGGCGAAAACAGGCCCUGGGGCUCGCUGCCCCUUUUCUAUUAGCAUUGAGCCACCCUCGCCCCACUCUAGUGCCACUGCUUCUCCCCAUUAUGAACAGGGUUCAUCUGGAGACCAGUCUCCUAAGUUCCAGGGUAGUAAGGGUGGUGCCAGUUUCAACAGUGACUCGGAUGAUGGUGUUGACGCAAGCGUAUUGUGUCCCCACUACGACGAGCACCACAAGGGAAAGCAUUACAAGCAGUUCUUGAGGCAGAAAGCAGCUGAGGCUCAAGCGAUUAAAGAGACUGCUCGUCCCCCCCUUUGGAGAGUACCUAUUGUUAGGCAGCCCCUUCCUGUAAGCGUGGAAGAAUUCAAUUCAGCAGAACCCCAAUACGCAAAGUUUGUCAAGGCUCUAUGGUCGCACGCUAGAACCACAGUUGAAGACAAAGAAGCAGCUGAGGACUUCGCACAGUCCCCAAUGGGCCAGGGUAAGGUCCCCGAGCGCUGCCGAGAGCUCGACCAAGCGGGAUGGAGGCGGGGCGCCCUUAUGGAGCAUUGCUGGGAAGACCGGCCUGGAGCUGUAGGCAGACCGCUGAGUCCUACAAUUAUUCGGCAGGGUCCUUCUUGGCUAGUAGAUGCUGAGGGUUAUGAUGGACCGUACGGUUCAGCCGGUGACCUUCGGUCAAAGGGCAUGGCGUAUGAAAGCCGGUUCCAGCUCCCGACCCUCUCCUCCCUCAUGAAGGCUAAACACGCGGUUUUUGUCAAAGCAAAGGACCCGAGAAAAGCUCGAAUUGCCUCUCAAAGGCAGACUGCAUCGGCGCGGCGGAGCAGACAGCCCCAGCGCCUAGGCGCCGGGCGUUGCCAAUCCUCUCCUCCUCAGCUGAAGUCCCCCACCGACCCGUCAGAGAGCCGGCCGCUACAGCAACAACAGCACCAGCUAACUCCUGCGGCUCUCACGCCAUCUUUCUUAAAACCUCCCUCCCCACCGGUGUCUCCGGACUCUAGUAUGCGCAAGGGUCAGCAUGGAUCGCCAAGGGGAAGUAUGCCUCGCAGUCCCAGGACCUCUGCACCGUCGUCUCCCGCCGGUUCCCCCAGAAGGAGAACGACGGAAAUCAGGAGCCCCAAAAGCCCAUUGAGCGGACAAAAAAAGAAUGAGAGUGCGGGGGAGAGCAGCUGGACUGUGCAGAUUAGAGGAAAGGGAAAGUACCAGUAUCCAUUGAGCUACAUUCGGUGGAAGCGAGAGCGGAGGCGCAUGAGAGAAAGACUCAGAAGACUUCGAGCUGGCGAGAUAUUCACAAGUGACAGACCAAACGAGAGCUGCACAGACUGUGAGAACCCUAAUCUUUGCUGGGACCCACAGCCACUGACGGAACACUUGCAUGCUGUCCGCAGCUUCGGCUCUGCGCCAGAGGACGACGCCUCUUCAGGUACCGAUAUCAGCUCCUCCUCUGACGGAAGCAGCAGCACCGGCACUAGCAACAGCGGCAGCAGCAGUAGGAGCUGCAGCUCUUCCCGUGAGGACGAAGGGACUCAACAGUAUAGACUGCGUACGGCUGCUUGUGCGAACUCCUCCCCGUCUUCCCCGUUUACGCCUUCCGGCGCAGGCGUCGUGCCCCCCCCACCUGCACUGUAUCCAUUUGCUGGGGCGUUAUCAGGAGUUGCUGUUGGCAGCUAUCUUCAUACACCUUCUGGGUUGCCGUACACGCCCGUUCUUCCAGGACUUCUACAGACUUCUCAGGGCAACUUAAGCCCAGGGGUACCUCUCCGUUCGAGUGGCAGCAUACAACAGCAAGCACCAUGGCUUGUGCCUAGGCACAACAUCGCAGGGGCUGCUCUCACGUUAACCCAGCCCGGCAUUGCACUGCCUGCACUUCAACAUCAGCAUACCUUGCUGGGACGGCAGCAUGUUCAACAGGGACAGCUCCUGGGGCACCAGCUGCAGCAAUUACAGCAGACACUGCUGCAUCAACCGAUUCAACGGAGCUGUUUGGCGGUACAGUUUCCAGGGACAGGUGCCAUGUACCAGACGGUAGCCGUGCAGCCGUCUCAGUCUGUUUGCUUUGAACACCAGCAACGGCAACAGAGGCAGGAAUAUGGAAUGCAGCAAGAGGAGCAGAAGCAGCAAAAGGAUUUCACAAGCGAGUACCCACAGAAAAGAGGUCGCCUCCUUCCGACAGGCCAGGACGGAGUUGUCAAUUCACGAGAAGUACGGGACGGAUGGAAUAUCAGGGAGGCGUCUAUCUCUCGGUCGAGACAACACUAUGACAGCAACAAGACACACGCGCGAUAUCGCAGCGAACCGCCACCGGCAAGACCCCGCCCAGGGAUAAGUUACCAAGAUCCCCUUUUGGCUUCAAAUGCUUCUGCACCACAACGUAUUCUCAGCUCAGCUGCCAUCCCGGCGACCCAAGGAGGGUGGAAUGUGCUAGACCAAGCCCCACCGCAAGCAAUGCUAACGCAACCGCUAACACAGCCCAUGGUAAACACUCCAUCACAGCUAGUGUUUGGGAACCCUCAGUUGGUGUCAACCGGGUCGACAGUGGUUCAAGUUGUCCCUCAGUUGGUGCAGGAGCCGCCUAACGUACUUAAGGGAACGUUGCAGAUGGUUCAAGGAGCAACCGUACCUGCAGUACUCAGCGGGUCACCUUCAUUGGUGUCAGCAGGAACUCAACAGACAUCAAGGACUAGACAACAAGUGCACCCUGGACACCCUUGGGUUUUGUGUGGAGCCGGUGGAUUGCAGCGGCAGCAGCAUUUGGAACCUGCUGCUACUAGCCAGAGGAGUGCAUCGUGCAGCCCUACGGGGCUUUCUGUGGUUGGAGCGCCCCUUCCACUUCUGCCUCCGCAGCAGACUCCAAUUGUAGUUGGACAGCUACGCCAGCAGCCGGUCUUGGUGCCGCAGCCGCAGCAGCUGUCCAACCGUAUUCAGCAGCAGCAAGCUGUUGUGAUAAACAAGCAGGGGCAGCCUGUUGUGGUACAGUGGCAGCAACAGCAACCGCUCGUGAUACAGCAGCAACAGCAGAAACCUCUCGUGAUACAAAUGCAACAACAACCGCCGCAGUCUGGUACGAUGCACCAGAAGCAGCAAUCGCCACAGCAGAAUGCCACUCGUUUACCUCAGCAGCCACCAACUGCCACAAUCGUGAUUCAGCAACAGCAACCUCCGAUUGUCACGCUGGAGGAGCAGAAGCCUGCGACUAAAUCAACACCCGAAGAGAAACCAAAGACUCAGUGGCUGUGGAGCUGCAAUAUCGAUUGCGGGGCCCAGUGUGAUGGAGGCAGCCACUCGACUAGCCGCGGGUCACGGCAGAAGCAGCAUCCACCGCAGCCGCAUCCAAGACAAAAACAUCAACCACCGCAGCGUCUACUACGAACCCAAGAGGCGGAGCCAGCUCCACCCGAAGAUGCUUCUACGGAGGCACAUCCAAGCUUAAUUCCCACUGCUGCAGCAGUUCCUCUUGCUGAAUCAAGACAGUGUGCAACAGCGCAUCAACUUUGCCACACCCCCAAGCUCCCUUCUGGGAGUGAUGGCACUAAAGAAGCACUGCAAGAUCCUUCACAAGCUUGCAUGUAUCUUCAGCCAUUACAACAGCAGUUGCAUCCUGUCUCCCCGAGGAGGCCGCAAGGACCGCAGCAACAACACAAGCUGCGCACGCCGACAGCGUUGUCCACAAGCAGCCCCAUUCCAUUUGCGUCCGCUUCCCCAGUCACCCAGAACAUAUUCGCGUCAAGUAGACCGCUGCAAAGCCAGAUUUAUCAGCAGCAGCAGCCUCCCCGAGAGUACAGGCAGUCCCCGUGCUGUCAGCCACACAGAGAGGAAAAUGCAGCUCAGCGUGAGCCGCCCUUCAAGUAUUUGCCCUUUACAUUUAUCUCGGCAAAACGGAAUAUCGCCUGUGGGAUGGGAAAGAGAACAAGCUUGAAGGAACCGCCGGCUGCUGUUUCCCCACGGAUUCAGCAGCUGCAGCAAACCCCAGAUCCCUGCGGCACAACUGGGGUGGCUCAGGCAAUGAUUGAGACGGAAAAUAUACGGAAGAGAAACAAGGGUGGAAGUGUUUGA